CCGUAACCGCAUACAAACAGGUCGGGUGGCGAAGUUAACUGGGGGGUGUAGAGCGGGUAGGAUGUUUGAAGGUCGGCGGAGAGUAGCCCCCGCCGUCGAUGCGUGGUCUGAGUCGGGUGAUAGUUGCAGCCAGCAGCGCCCGGUCUUGGAUGUCCGGAGGAAGGAUCCCGGAGGGGCGAAGGAGACGGCCCAGAAAGGCAACAGGAACUCUGGCGGUCCAGAGGAACCCAUCUGUAGGGGUAUUUUCGAGAUUGAGAAAAGGAGCUGCGACGUGGUGCUGACACCCAACAGGUUGGAGUGGACGGCAAUUGAACCGGAUAACCCCACAGGUGAUGAUGCACUCAUUUCCCAACGUCAUGCAGAAUUUGUGGAACUAAAAGAAGUUUUUGCUGUGAAGAUGAAACGUCGACGAUCGGUGAAACAGUAUAAAGGAGGAACUCUGUUAGGAAUCGCCAUUUUUGUGUGUGUUAGCAAAGGGCAAAAUAAACUCAAACACCGUAUUAUUCACCUAAGCAACUUAAGUGAAGACCACUGCAACCUUUGGUUUAAAUAUCUGAAAGAUAUUCUGAAUGGAUACUUUCCAAAGAGACCGAAAUCACUGAAAGUUAUUAUCAACCCAUAUAGUCACAAAAAGGAAGCUAAACAAGUUUACUAUGAACGUGUUGCACCUCUUUUCAAGCUGGCUGAUAUUAAGACAGACAUCACCAUUACAGAGUACCAAGGACAUGGAUUCUUGAUUCUCAAGGAGUGUGAUUUUCAAGAAUUUGAUGGAGUGGUGUGCGUGGGUGGUGAUGGAACUGCCAGUGAGGUUGCUCGUGCCUUACUGCUCCGAGCACAGAUUGAUGCUGGGAAGGACGUGGAUUCCAACUUCACGCCUGUCAGAGCACCACUUCCUCUCGGCAUAAUACCAGCAGGUUCCACUAAUAUCUUAGCAUAUUCUGUGCAUGGAAUUAACCAUCCGGAAACUGCAGCAAUGCAUAUUAUAAUGGGCAAUCUUCAAGAAGUGGAUGUUUGCACCUUCAGGACCCAUGGCAGGCUACUUCGAUUUGGUUUCUCAGGCAUGUUGGGCUUUGGAGGGAGAACGUUGGCCUUAGCAGAGAAGUAUCGUUGGAUGCCUUCCAAAGAGCGGAGGGAGUUUGCUGUCAUCAGAACACUGGCAAAUCUCAAGUCUGAAGACUGUGAAUUAUUAUUUUUACCAUCAACAAAUACCGACUUGGAAGAACAAGGUGGCGUUAGAAAUACAGAUGGAACAAAUGCUGAGGAACAAUGUAGUGAUGAAGAGAAAUGGAGAAGCAUGCAAGGAACUUUCCUCAAUAUUAACGUUAUGGCUAUUCCUUGUCUCUGUUCUAUGGCACCAAGAGGCCUUGCACCUAAUACCCGGUUGAAUAAUGGAAGCAUGUCACUUAUCACUGUCCGAAACUGUACUCGAGCAGAUUUUAUAAAAUAUCUGAAGCGGUAUGGUAGUGCAAACAAUCAGUUUAACUUUCCCUUUGUGGAGACAUAUACAGUUCAGGAAGUUAAGAUACAAUUGAGGAUCAAAAGCAGAUGGGUUGAUGAGACAUCGGAAGAGAAAGCAGAGUCUAGUUCACGUUGCCCAUCGGUAACUUCUUUAAAUGGAAGUUGUCCAUGGAACAUUGAUGGUGAUUUAAUGGAGGAAUCUUCAGAAGUUCAUAUAAAGAUCCAUUCACAGCUAAUUACUCUGUAUGGAAGAGCUAUGGAAGAAUGCGAUAUUCCUAUAGUAAAAUGUGGUUGCCUGUAGCCAAGAUAACGAAAAAUUUCUUAUGGUUUGUCAUUCGUAGAAAUUCUGAGAUCAAU